AUGUCACAAGAAGAAGAGAGUGCGAUCAAAAAGCCUGACCUCGAUGCUGAAGAUGCUACAGAGUCGUUUUAUUUGAGAUAUUACUCGGGGCACCAAGGUCGAUUUGGGCAUGAAUUUUUAGAGUUUGAUGUUGAAUUGAAUGAAGAUAAGAAAAGUGCUUUUAGCAAGAUGUCCGAUAUUGUUACAGACCCAGAAGAACAAUUCAACCUUAUAACAAAGAAUUUGCAAGAAGUUCUUAAUGCUCAAAUUAUCAAAGAUAUUCUGGAAAAGAGAGAACGCCCAUUGAAGGUUUACUGGGGUACUGCUCCAACUGGUAGACCUCACUGUGGUUAUUUCGUUCCAAUGACCAAAUUGGCAGACUUGUUAAAAGCGGGCUGUGAAGUUACUGUGCUUUUGGCUGAUUUACAUGCAUUUUUAGACAAUAUGAAAGCUUCAUUAGAAGUUGUGAAUUUUAGAGCUAAAUAUUAUGAAAAAGUUGUCAAAUCCAUUUUGAAAUCUAUUGGUGUUCCUAUCGAGAAGCUAAAGUUUGUUGUUGGUUCAAGUUACCAAUUGACUGAAAAAUAUACCUUGGAUAUUUUCCGUCUAUCAAAUAUUGUUUCACAAAAUGAUGCUAAACGUGCAGGUGCUGAUGUUGUCAAACAAGUUGCAAACCCAUUAUUGAGUGGUUUAAUCUAUCCAUUAAUGCAAGCCCUAGAUGAAGAACAUUUAGGUGUUGAUGUUCAAAUUGGUGGUGUGGAUCAACGUAAAAUUUUCGUUUUGGCUGAAGAAAACCUACAAUCUUUAGGUUACAAGAAAAGAGCUCAUUUAAUGAACCCAAUGGUUCCAGGUUUGACUCAAGGUGGUAAAAUGUCUGCUUCUGAUCCAAACUCAAAAAUUGAUAUUUUAGAAGAGCCAAAACAAGUCAAAAAGAAGAUCAAUACUGCUUUUUGUGCACCAGGUGUUGUUGAAGACAAUGGUUUACUUUCAUUCAUUGAAUAUGUUGUACUACCUAUCCAAGAGUUGAAUAAAGGUGCUGGACAAUUUGAAUUCCCAAUCGAUCGUCCUGAAAAAUUCGGUGGUCCAAUCACUUAUACAUCAUUUGAACAAUUAGUGAAAGAUUACAAAGAAGAGAAAUUAGCUCCACCAGAUUUGAAAACAGGUGUUGCUGAUGCCAUUAACGUUUUGUUGGCUCCAAUUCGUGAAGACUUCAAAAACGAUCCAGAAUUCCAAGAAGCUCAAACUAAAGGUUAUCCAGCUCCAGUUCCAGAAAAGAAGAAGGUCAAAAAAGUCAAAGAUAAAGGCUCUCGUCACCCUGGUGCUAUAAAGAAAGCUGAAGCUGCUGGAGAUGCUUCUGGUGCUGAUGAAGCAGCAGAAAAACUCAAAGAAGCUAAACUAGAAGAAUCCAAAUAG